GAGGGUCAGUCAGGGUUUAUAAGCAUGUGAGUGAGAACACUUGAGACAGUGAGUGAAACGCUACAGGUCCAGACUGCUAAUCUCUACUUUAGGCUCAAACUGAAAUGACAGACAUAGUCUUUCUGGCUCUAGUGCUCCCCCUGCUGGUGGGAAGCACCCCUGUUUCUCAGGAAACAGACUGCUCUGAUGUCUAUGCUAAUGGACAAACUCUGAGUGGAGUGUACACCAUCUACCCUGCAGGUGACACACCUGUACAGGUGUACUGUGAUCUGGGCUAUUUGGGAAGCCAAUCAGAGGAUGGGAGAUGGACGGUGUUUCAGAGGAGAAUGGAUGGAAGUGUGAAUUUCUACAAACCAUGGAAGCACUACAAGAAUGGUUUUGGGAACAAGGAUGGUGAAUAUUGGCUGGGAUUAGAGAACCUCUAUCAACUCACACGCAAGAGGAAGUAUGAGUUGAGAGUGGACCUGCAGGACUUUGAGGGUGUGACGGUGUACGCCCGGUACUCCUCUUUCUCUGUGGAAUCUGAAACUGAAGGAUACAAACUCCAUGUUAGCGGCUUCAUCAAUGGAGGAGCAGGUGACUCGCUGGCCAUAAGCAAUGAACAGAAGUUCUCCACCUUCGACAAAGACCAGGACUCUAACAAGGAUGGGAACUGUGCUAAGUUGUACCUGGGGGCAUUUUGGUACAACACUUGCCACUCUGCUAACCCCAAUGGUAUUUAUCUGUGGGGACGUGAUGGCACCUAUUUUGCCAUUGGAAAUGUAUGGUACCAUUGGAAAGGUUAUGAUUAUGGUCUUAAGUCCAUUGUUAUGAAGAUAAGACCUGUGGCUUAAGUCCUUGUGACACCCUAAUUUAUCAGACAUGGAAAGGAAUCAAUUUAUCAGACAUGGAAUUAGACAUAGUGACACAUUAUAUUGUCCUGUUUUUAACACUGAUAUUUGAAGAUAUACACAAACUUGUAAUAUUUGCAUGUAAUGAAUUUUGCUUUGUCCAUUGAAACAAGUGUUCAUUGUUUCAUUAUACUUUUCAUUAUUUGUUCCUUAUUCAUUUGAAAUAUUCAUCCUAUUCAA